CAUAGAAGAGAACAGAGAUGGGACUGAGCUUGGUGGGUGCGCAGCACGCUUUGGGAACCUCAUCCGGCUUCAGAAGGUGAACCUGCCAUUGAAAACGAUUUCGUGAUCGUCGACAGAUGGACAGUGACAGCGACUUCGAAGAGGAAACAACUGUCCUGGAUGAGGUCCAGUUGGAUGUGCCAUUGGAUGAUGUGCCAGAUGUUCCACAGCUGCCAGUCCUCCUUGAUGUCCAGAAUGCUGCUAUCAUCCUCGAGGAUGUGCCAGAUGUGCAGACUAUCUUUGAGGAGGCCACUGGCAAUUGGCAGUUGAUUCUGAUCAGGUUCAGCCCCCUGUACUGUGGGCCUGUUGUGAUCAGGAACAAUGCCGGUCCAGUGGUUAUAGCUUGGAGAACUUUCCAGUUCAUCAGCCCCAUCAUCACCUACAUGCGUGGGGGAUCCCAGCAGGUGGUGGUGAGGAUGCACCACGUGAGUAGGGUGACAGGCCUGGAGACUCAACUGGUGUGGGCCAUCUCCAAGGAGACAGCCAGGCUUAGUCCAGAGGGCAUCCCCUACUGUGCCACCAAAGUGCAGUCCAUCACUUGGAUCCAGUGUGUGGCUGGCAGAGUGACCCACUAUGCGUCUCACCUCCGCCACGAGACGUCUGUGGACGUGACGCUUGGCUGCUACCAGCAGACUGAUGUCUCAGUGGUGUACACCACUCUCCACAUGGGGCUGGACGGGCUUCUCUCCUCUUCAGCGUGGUCGGAGGCUGCCUCCUUCUCUACGCCCACCACUCAGCACUUCACUGACCCAGAGCCUGAGGGCCACAACUGCUAUGAGGGCUGGGAGGAGGACCUGCUGCCUGAGGAGAGGGAGGUUCCUCUGCUAAACCUCUACCUUACCACCAAGAGAGUGGAGGACAUCGCCCUGAGGCUCAUCUCCCUGCGCCAGGCCUUCACUACCCUGCUUGGUUCCACCCUGAGCAGGAACCAUCUGUUUGUGGCGGGAAAGGUCCUCCUGGGCGCACUGGUUCAGGCCAACCACAUGGACGAGGCCAAGUUCAUAAGUACCUAUAACGACUUUGUGGACUACCUGAGUGACCCCUCCAAGCGGAAUGACAUUGAGAGGGAGCUGGCUGAGGCAAAGAUCCAUCAUGUGAACAUGAUAGAUGUCCUCUUUGAGCUGGUGCUGUUUGGGAUGAUGACAGCUCAGAAGUCCCUGAUGGUGCAUCCCGGUGGGUUCGUGGAGCGUCUGUACGCUCUCCUGUACUCCUUCCUGCCCACUGCUGCCAACAUGGAGCCAGAGGCUGACAGAUACCUGCUGCAGCUCAGUGAUUCUUGUGACACUUUGCCACCCAACAGGGAUCUAGACACCAAUGCACUACAUUACUUUGCACUGAUUUUUACAUUUUUAAAUAAAAUAAGUUGUAGUUCAAAAACAUUUUGCCUCAAUUCGUCGGGGCAUGGACUCUACAAGCUGCCCUAA